AUGUUAAGAGACAUAAAUCAGCAAAAAAUUGCGCAAACCCGGAAUCGAACCGGGGGCCCAACGAUGGCAACGUUGGAUUUUACCACUAAACCAUUUGCGCUAGAAAGAAAUGCUCCGCGACGGGGAAUUGAACCCCGGUCUACCAUGCGACAAACGGUAAUUCUAGCCACUAAACUAUCACGGACUUUAUUGAAGUUUGUAAGAGAUCACAUAUACAUAUACUUAAUGUAUAUGUAUAGUAUUACAAAAGUUAUACAUCAUGGUUGCAAAAGUUGGUGUAUAAAUAGAAGUGAUUAUUCCCUGAGUCUGGAUAGACGAAAGGAAGUAAGGAAAUUAGGAACUAAUUAUAGGUAG